CUCACAGUUCUCAGCCCCUGGUACCUGCAAACAGUAGGCCAGCAUGGCGGAGAGGAAGCCCUCAGCUGGAUACAGAUACCCAAGUACUUGAACUCCUACCUCCUGGCAGCUGGGUUUAUGUACAGACGUGACAGCGACAUCUUCAACCAGAACAUUUCAGUCCUUGGCAACUUUAUUUCGGAAUCAACUGUUUUCUCAGCAGAGCCUAUGGCAAAUUUCUCUUUCGGGACCUGGCUUCACUUUUCUUCAAAUAGUUACAGAUCCGCCAUCGUAGACAACAGAAAUGGACAAGACUUUAUCCUAUCGGAAGUGAAAUCUUUAUACAAAGUUCUCACUAACUUGACCCUGCUAGGAGGUCAAGCACUACAGCGGCCAGAUAAGAAACUGCAGCAGGACUGUAAACAGUGGGCUCAGGAGUUGUGCUCUUCAGUUCAGUCGGUUAUAAAACUGACUUUAGGCAUAUCUGAAUGUGGUGUUAUAUAUAUACUGAGCAACUGCCAAAACAACGUGUCUUCCUACGCGCUGAGUGUUCUUCAACAAAUAUUUUGUCCCUCCAGCGACAUAAACGCUUGCCUUAACCUGACAGCCUUGUCUGGUGAUCUGCUGCUGAUGUAUGAGAACGCAAUAUUCGACUUCAUACAGUACUUAUCUAACAUAACUCUCCGCGGGUUCCUGUCUUCGAGGCAGCUCAGUUUAGUCAUCUCCAGGAAUCAGAGCCAGCUGGCGUUAGGUCAUAACAUCAGUGGUGAUGAUGUCUUCCAGGCUUGGCGCCAGGUGGGGCUGCUCCAGUCCAAGUGGUUGGGGGACACCAGUGAGCAGAGCCCGCUGUGGAGAGUCUACACGUGCCUUGAGAAACGAAAUAUGAACAAUAACAUGAAGGUGAAAGAGUACAACCAUAGCCGGUCUUCACCGGAAGGUCUGCAGCGGAGCUCCCAGAAGGUCAGCCUGUCGUCAUUCACAGACUAUGUGAGCCCAUGUACAGACCUGGCGACCUGUCAGACGUGCUCCUCGCCAAGCUCCACGCUGAGUUUUUUCAUGGAAGACCUCCUCAGGGCCACCACCUUCCUGCUCAACUCGACAACCUCUGUAGGAGGAGUUCGGGUUUUCAGAUAUCAACUUCACCCAA